CGCUGUCUGGCCGGCCGUCUCUCGCUCUCCCUCUUUCUCUCUCUAGACCACUAAACAAAAGAGGGGGAAGAAAAGCUCACACCACCCAACACCAUAUAGUUACUCCCCUCUCCCCCCCUCCCCAGGAGCUUGCUAGCUGGAGCAGCAGCCAGCCACCACCGCAAAUCCAAGAAAUCCGCCGCCGCCGACGAGCAGCAGCAGCAGCAGCAGGGGCAGCUACAGCGGGCCGCGUGGCAGAGCAGAGGCGCUCCGCCAUGGGUGCGCCGGCGUACGGCGCCGUGCUCCUCUUCGCGCUCGCGCUGGCCGCGGGCGCCGCCGCCGCUGAGACGGCGCGGCCGGAGGAACCCACAUUGCCCGCCGUGGCCGCCGCUGGCGGUGGCGACGGGGUGGUGGUGGCGGCCGCGGCGGCCGUCGUGAACGCGUCCGGGGCGGGGGUGAACUCCAACUCGGUGCUGGUGGCGCUGCUGGACUCGCACUACACGGAGCUGGCGGAGCUGGUGGAGAAGGCGCUGCUGCUGCAGACGCUGGAGGACGCCGUGGGCCGCCACAACGUCACCAUCUUCGCGCCCCGGAACGAGGCGCUGGAGCGGGACCUCGACCCGGAGUUCAAGCGCUUCCUGCUCGAGCCCCGCAACCUCAAGUCGCUCCAGACGCUGCUCCUCUUCCACGUCCUCCCGGCGCGCCACCCGGCGGGGUCCUGGCCCGCGGCCUCCCACCCCACGCUCUCCGGCGAGGACGUCGAGCUCGCCGCCGGCGCCAACGGAUCCAUGCGCGUCGCCCACGCCGCCGUCACGCGCCCCGACGCCGUGCUCAGGCCCGACGGCGUCAUCCACGGCAUCGAGCGCCUCCUCGUCCCCCGCUCCGUGCAGGAGGACUUCAACCGCCGCCGCAGCCUCGCCGCGAUCUCGGCCGUGCUCCCCACCGGCGCGCCCGAGGUCGACCCCAGGACGCACCGCCUCAAGAAGCCCGCGCCGCCGGUCCUCCCCGGCGCGCCCCCCGUGCUCCCCGUGUGGGACGCCAUGGCCCCCGGCCCCUCCAUCGCCCCCGCGCCCGCGCCCGGCCCGGGCAACGGGAAGCACCACUUCGACGGCCACAGCCAGGUCAAGGACUUCAUCCAGACCCUGGUCCUCUACGGCGGGUACAACGAGCUCGCCGACAUCCUCGUCAACCUCACCUCGCUGGCCACCGAGAUGGGCCGGCUCGUCUCCGAGGGGUACGUGCUCACCGUGCUGGCCCCCAACGACGAGGCCAUGGCGCGGCUGACCACGGACCAGCUCAGCGAGCCCGGGUCGCCGGAGAACAUCCUGUACUACCACAUGAUCCCGGAGUACCAGACGGAGGAGAGCAUGUACAACGCCGUCCGCCGGUUCGGCAAGGUGCGGUACGACACGCUGCGGCUGCCGCACAAGGUGGUGGCGCGGGAGGCGGACGGCUCCGUCAAGUUCGGGCAGGGCGAGGGCUCCGCCUACCUCUUCGACCCGGACAUCUACACGGACGGCAGGAUCUCGGUGCAGGGCAUCGACGCUGUGCUGCUCCCGGAGGACGACAAGAAGCCGGCCACGCCGGUGUCCGCCCCGGACAGGAAGGCGCCCGCCGUCACCGGCUCCAGGAAGAGCAAGCUCCGGCGAGGCAAGUUGUUGGAGGCAACGUGCAGAAUUGCUGGCGUCUUUGGUCAGCGAUCGCGAUUAGCGAGCUGCCAGUAGAAGGAUGGAGGAAGGAUUCGGAAGAAGAUUGAUCUCAUGAUUGGUUGACACCGAAACACGGCCCGAAACGAGGUGACGGCGGGGAGCUGGGCUGGGCUUUGCUUGCUUGCUUGGAGCCUGCCAGCCGUCCACGAUAUUGUUUGCUGUUCUUUUUUUUGUUUAUUACUAUUAUACUACUAUGGAAUAAUUGGUGGGGAAUGUAAAACCGGUGGUUGUUGGUGUGUCCGGUCCAAGGAAGAAGAAGAAAAAAGAAUUGUUUAUACUCGAA